CCACCAUAACCAGACGUCAGUGGUCUGCGGAUGCUGCUAGCUCCAGUGAGCUAACCGCCGAGGAGCCGCCGCCGACAACAACACAUCCACACGCGGCGUGGAAACACGACACGGACCCGCGGAACUGCGCGACACACGAAACAGUGGCGAGACGCGGUUCGACUCGUGAAUCAUUGGAUGGUGGGUUGAUUUGACCUCCUUCACCCCAGUCGCUCUACUGGAAACUCUCAGUCGACACCAGCAGCAGCAUCCUCCAUCACUGCUCCAGCACUCCUCCCUCCGUCCCGUCCAUCCACUGCUCCGACUGGUUGCUUCCUCUAGCUCUCAACAUGGCAGCUGUGUUCCUACUCAGGCGGUGCCACUGACCUCCACCCUGGACGACCACCAUGGAGAGAAAACGCAGAAAGAAAUUAAUUUAGCUGCGCGGGCUGUUUGCAGUAUGGACUCAUUUUUAGAGCUCUGGACCUGAAAUGCUCAGUCCCCUCCCCGGACCCUGAUCCAGGUUUUAGCUGCUCCUUUUUUCAUCUGACCCAGCAGACCUGCUGCUCAACGUUAAAGGGGGUCCUGGCCCAAACUCACGGUCCGCGAUACUUCACAACUCAAAAUGCUCCUGGUUCCCAUGUGGGCGUCUGUGCUCGUGGGGCUGCUGUUGGGAGUUUUUCUGCCUGUGGUGGGGAUGGAGCCAAUGGGUGAGGGCAGAUCUGACCCUGAACACACCCCCGACUCAGAGCCCCUCCCCUCGUCGUCGCCCGGCUCCAACUGCUCCCAUUUAACCGUGAAGCUGGAGUUCUCCACCAAGGUCGUGGAACAUGAGUACAUCGUGGCAUUCACAGGCUACUUCUCGGCCAAAGCUCGCAGCCUCUACAUCAGCAGCGCCCUGCGGAACACCGGCGACGGAGCGCUGGAGUGGCACAUCGUUCCCAGAGAAAACCCGGCCUCCGACUUCCCCAGCGACUUCGAGCUGGUCCACAUCCGUCAGGCUCCGCCAGGCGGGCUGCUCAACCUGGAGGACCACCCUUAUAUCAAGAGGGUCACGCCGCAACGCAAAGUGUUCCGCACGCUGAAAUACUCUCCCUCACCUGAACCUGCCGCGCCCUGCAAUGCCACCCGCGGGCAGUCGUGGCAAUCCUCCCGCCCCUUCAGACGAACCAGCCUGUCGCUGGGUUCGGGCUUCUGGCACGCCACAGGGCGCCACUCCAGCCGGCGUCUGCUGCGGGCCAUUCCCCGCCAAGUGGCUCAGAUCCUGCAGGCAGACGUCCUCUGGCAGAUGGGACACACCGGUUCUGGCGUGAAGGUUGCAGUGUUUGAUACGGGCCUGAGUGAGAAGCACCCACAUUUUAGGAAUGUGAAAGAGAGGACCAACUGGACCAAUGAGAAGACACUGGACGAUGGCCUGGGUCAUGGUACAUUUGUGGCUGGGGUGAUAGCCAGUAUGAGGGAGUGUCAGGGCUUUGCCCCAGACUCAGAGCUGCACAUCUUCAGAGUGUUCACCAACAACCAGGUGUCGUACACCUCCUGGUUCCUGGAUGCGUUCAACUACGCCAUUCUGAAGAAGAUCGAUGUUCUGAAUCUCAGCAUCGGGGGGCCUGACUUCAUGGACCACCCGUUUGUUGAUAAGGUGUGGGAGCUGACCGCCAACAGAGUGAUCAUGGUCUCUGCUAUCGGCAACGAUGGACCUCUGUAUGGCACCCUGAACAACCCCGCAGACCAGAUGGACGUGAUCGGAGUCGGAGGGAUCGACUUUGAGGACAACAUUGCUAGGUUUUCGUCAAGAGGCAUGACCACCUGGGAGCUGCCGGGGGGCUACGGCAGAGUGAAGCCCGACAUCGUCACGUACGGUUCUGGCGUUCGCGGGUCGGGAAUGAAGGAGGGAUGCCGCUCCCUGUCCGGCACCAGCGUGGCCUCUCCCGUGGUGGCCGGUGCCGUCACUCUCCUGGCAAGCACCGUGGUGAACCGGGAGCUGGUGAACCCGGCCUCCAUGAAGCAGGCCCUGAUCGCGUCCGCCCGCAGGCUGCCGGGCGUCAACAUGUUCGAGCAGGGCCACGGGAAACUCGACCUGAUCAGAGCCUAUCAGAUACUCAACAGCUACAGACCUCAGGCCAGUCUGUCUCCCAGCUACAUCGACCUGACCGAGUGUCCCUACAUGUGGCCUUACUGCUCUCAGCCCAUCUACUACGGAGGAAUGCCCACGAUCGUCAACGUGACCAUCCUCAACGGCAUGGGCGUCACGGGCCGGAUCGUCGACAAGCCCAUCUGGCAGCCCUACCUCCCGCAGAACGGCGAUCACAUCGACGUGGCCGUCUCCUACUCUCCGGUGCUGUGGCCGUGGGCCGGCUACCUGGCCGUGUCCAUCUCCGUGGCCAAGAAGGCGGCAUCGUGGGAAGGGGUCGCUCAGGGUCACGUGAUGGUCACGGUGGUGUCGCCCGCGGAAAACGAUUCUGAGGCGGGCGGGGAGUUGACCUCCACGGUCAAACUGCCCAUCAAGGUGAAGAUAGUGCCAACUCCCCCGCGCAGCAAGAGGGUGCUGUGGGACCAGUACCACAAUCUGCGCUACCCACCGGGCUACUUCCCCCGGGACAACCUCCGCAUGAAGAAUGACCCACUGGACUGGAAUGGGGACCACAUCCACACUAACUUCAGGGACAUGUACCAGCACCUCAGGAGUAUGGGAUACUUCGUGGAGGUGCUGGGAGCUCCCAUCACCUGCUUCGACGCCAGCCAGUACGGCACAUUGUUGAUGGUGGACAGCGAGGAGGAGUAUUUCCCCGAAGAGAUCACCAAGCUGCGGAGAGACAUCGACAACGGCUUGUCGCUCAUCGUCUUCAGCGACUGGUACAAUACUUCAGUCAUGAGGAAGGUCAAGUUCUACGACGAGAAUACGAGGCAGUGGUGGAUGCCCGACACAGGGGGCGCUAACGUCCCAGCUCUGAACGACCUGAUCUCCGUGUGGGGGAUGGCCUUCAGCGACGGGCUGUACGAGGGGGACUUCACUCUGGCCGAUCACGACAUGUACUACGCCUCAGGCUGCAGUAUCGCCCGUUUCCCAGAAGAUGGAAUCGUCAUUGCCAAGAACCUAAAGGACCAAGGUCUGGAGGUGUUGAAGCAGGAGACGGCGGUGGUGGAGGGAGUUCCCAUCCUCGGACUGUACCAGACGCCGUCUGACGGCGGAGGCCGCAUCGCCCUGUAUGGAGAUUCUAACUGCAUCGACGACAGCCACAGGCAGAAAGAUUGUUUCUGGCUGCUCGACGCUCUGCUGCAGUACACCUCGUACAGUAUGACACCUCCCAGCCUCAGCCACUCCCACAGCAGGGUGGCUCCUCCCACGGGCACCGAGCGCCCACUGCCACAGAGACUGGAAGGCAACCAUCUUUACCGCUACUCCAAGGUCCUGGAGGCGCACCUGGGGGACCCUAAGCCCCGCCCACUACCGGCCUGCCCCCACUUGUCCUGGGCCAAGCCGCAGCCCGUGAACGAGACGGCCCCCAGUAACCUGUGGAAGCACCAGAAGCUUCUCUCCAUCGACCUGGACAAGGUGGCUCUGCCCAACGCGAGGGCGUACCGGCCCCAGGUCAGACCCCUGUCCCCCGGGGAGAGCGGGGCCUGGGACAUUCCUGGAGGGAUAAUGCCCGGUCACUACAACCAGGAAGUGGGCCAGACCAUCCCGGUGUUCGCCUUCCUGGGCGCGAUGGUGGUCCUGUCCUUCUUCGUGGUCCAACUCACCAAGGCCAAGAGCAAACCCAAGCGCAGGAAACCUCGCAUCAAGCGGCCCAUGUACCUCCAGCAGGCGAUGACGACGACCACCACCACCACCACGACCGGGAAAAACCCCACGGUUUGACCGGGGGAACCGCCGCCGGAUGGAGGCGCUGGGUUUUCACCUCUGGAACUGGACAACUGGUGUUGCAAAGCAACAUGGGAGUUUGGGAAUUCUUGACGGCUGUUGAACUGGAGCCUGUCGGACGUCUGACGGAGGCUCGAACAGUUUCUGUGCCUCUCGUUUCCUCGAGGCCGUUUGUGUGUUUGUGGAAUAAUGAACAGAAUCAGACAGUGUAACACAAACUGAUGUAAAACACACACGCUACACAUCUGGCUCUAAAAGAAAGGGAAAAAAAAGCCAGCUCCAGACAGAAAUCAUGUCCACAUGUUCCUUCUCUCUUCUCUUUGACCAAACUGUUUUUCUUUAUGAAUGAAAAUUGUAUGCCUUUUUUCUAUUUAUUGAAUUUGUUCGUACCCUGAAACACGUAAUCGGACACACACACACACACUAAAAUACAUCACAUACUGUAAUGGAGUUGCCAAUAGACAAUGACAGAAACACACACACACACACACGCCAUCAUGUUUCCAACACUAAGACCAGUGGACGAUCAGUUUUCUUCUCCUCUGUCGUCGUCAGCCAGCCGUCGUCGUUUGGUUUCCUUCCUACAUCUGUUUUUUUUUUUUAAAUCAAGGUUUAUUCUUUUCAUCAUUUUUUAUUUUUAUUUUCUAUAAAAAUGAACUGUGGCAUCGUGUUGACAAACGCUCCAUCAUGAGAUCAUGGUCGACAAAGAAGCAUUGACGGACUCGUUCAAAUAUAUCUCAUCAAUUAAAAAAAGAAAGCAUUAUCAA